UCUCGUGUGACUAGACGCCAUCGUGACUACAUAAUCAAUGAACGCUAGAAAUUUAGUUUUCUGGAAAUUAAGGUUGGCAUCGUACGGCUUGUGCUGCAUAGCCUAGGAAAAACACCUGUGACAACGUUGGCCAAAUUAUUUUAAAAGACACCAUUGGAGAAACAACAACACAUCCAUUAACACAGCAAUAGCGGAAAUGAGUUAAACAGCACCGACGGUUAUUCACUCUUGUGUUUGAGUUUCAUUGAACAAGAACAGUCGGCAGAUGAUGGAGGCAGGAGCGCAAGGAAUUUGAGACGAUCUGAGCAGUGCGGAGAUGGAGAUUACCGAAUCUGCACAUGUGGACAAUCUACCUCACUGCGCAGUUCUAGUAUGAACCUGGAAUCAUCUCGGCACACAUGCUGAGGACCAUGAACAAAUAUGGGACGCAUCUCUUAUGACCGUUGACAACGAUUGUUCCCGAGUAAUCAUAUUGCGAACAACUACUUGGAAAUGACACAGUGUAGGUUUGUCAAUCCAUUUCUGUUCAGCUACUAUGUAGAGAUUCUGCUGGAAAGGGAAUGCAAAUCAAUACAUUUCUGAUUGUGUUUGCCAUCCUAGUGGAAUGUAUGGUAUCUUGAGUAACAACUGAUAUGGAGAACAUGGGCCCAUCGCUCACCAACAACAGCUCCAGUAUGGCGUAUCCCACCGCUGCCACCAAUGACAGCGACAUGGGUAUGAAUGACUCUACCCUUAUUUCCGACACCUCCUCCUACGUGUAUCCUAUACCAUACGUCGUCAUCCUUUCGGUUGUGUUGGUCAUAGAGAUGCUUGCAGGUGUCCUGAGCAACAUAGCUGUUCUCUUUAGCUACCACGUCAACAAAAAGUUCAUCCGCUCCGUCAGCGAUGUCUUCAUCAUCAACAUGAAUGUUGUGGACAUCAUCAUCUGCCUAGUCUCCAUUCCAUCCACUCUAGUGGCUGUCCUCUCCAACCCAAGCAUCCCGCUGUUCUGUUUCUUCCACGAGGCCACGGUGUCCUUCGCCAGUGUCGCCUCCGCUGUCAAUGUCGUCGUCAUCUCCCUGGACCGCUACGACAAGAUCUCACACCCUCUGGUGAGGAAAUUCAACAUGAGGAACGUUCGUUGGAUCCUGCCGAUCACCUGGGUCCUCUCGUUACUCGGAUUCUGCUCUCCGCUCUUCGGGCUAGAUUUGGACAAGUUCGACGAAGUUCAACAGAGAUUCGAGUCCGAGCAGCAUCACUGUUUUUACUGGUUCUUCAGUUCCAGGGACAAUCAUCUUUACGAGCUGUACUACAUUCCCAUAUUUUUUGUUGCGACUUUCGUCAUGACCUACGCGUAUUAUGGAAUCAUCAGAAUCACUCGCGUGAAGACGAUCCACUCUGCUUUGGUCAAAGCAACCGUAAAUAUGAAAGUGGACAGCAACAAGAAGGUGAUAGCGGCUGCUAACAAUCACAGAGACCCGGAGAAGAGAGUCUCUAGGACAACUACCAUCAUUAUUUUGACUUUCAUCACUUGCUGGGGACCUCACGCGAUAAUCAGCAUCGUAAUUGUGGCUAGGGGUUACGCUAGUAGUGGUGAGAUAACCUUAGAUAUAUUAGAGCGAUGGUUAGUUGCCCUCGGCUACACCACUACCUUGAUGCAUCCCAUCCUUUACGUCUUCAUGAGAAGGAACUUUCGGCGGGCUUUUUUCAACAGUUGGAUAGCGAGAUGGGCGGCCAGGCACGGGGCAGGCACGGCGCACACUACGCCGAGCCAGGAGGAGAACCCACGCCCCAUGCUGGGAACCAUCGGUAAGAGACAGUCGGCAAGGAACCUCAUAGUCAACACGGUGGAGGAAAGGAACUCCAACCCACCACAGACUUCUACCAAGGCGAACGUGCACGCCCAGGUGGGGGAGGGAGAACACAGGCAAAACGGGGAGAACAUCGUGUUACUGGAAGGUGAUGACGUCGAUAGCAAGCAACCAAUCGUAAACCCGUGUGCUACCUACGUCAUCAGCCCGUCGGCUCUCAAAGACCCAACAAGUUCAGCAUUCAAAUUCACUGAAAACGUUCUACCACAUGUGGAGUGAGUUGUUGGAGCAAUUUUGCUGAGUGAAAGCUGAAAGUGACAAGAUACGCGCCAAAUGGAUUUUGUGUAAUUCAACAUUAUUGAUGCUCAUCGGCUAACUGAAUCUCUAGCUGACAGAUGGAC